AUGCCUGGGGAGCGCCCCCGAGGAGCGCCACCCCCCACCAUGACUGGAGACCUGCAGCCCUGCCAAGUUGCCAGCAGCCUGGGGCGCCCCUCCCAGCCCCCACUGGAGGACAACACCCCAGCCAGCAGGACCACCAAGGAUGCCAGGGAGGCUGGCGGCCGGGCCCAGGCCAUGGAGCUCCCCGAGGUCCAGCCAAGGCAGGCCAGGGAUGGGGAGCCCAAGCCCCCACCCCUGAGAGGCCAGGCCCUGAGCAGCACCCCUGGGAAUGGGGGCAGCCCCCAGACCCCGCCGGGGAGAAGCCCCUUGCAGGCUCCCUCAAGGCUGGCGGGCAGGGCAGAGGGCAGCCCCCCGCAGUGCUACAGUCUGAGCAUCGCCAGCUCGAGGACCAAGCCCAUCCUGGACGAGACACCAGAGAACCCACAGCUGGAGGCUGCCCAGCUCCCUGAGGCGGAGGCCCCCCGGGCCCUUGGGACUGGAACUCCACUCAGGCCGGGCCUCCCAAGGACUGAGGCCCAGUCCACCGCUGAAGAGCUUGGCUUCCACAGGUGCUUCCAGGAGACACCCUCCAGCUUUACCUCCACCAACUAUACCUCACCAAGCGCCACCCCCAGACCCCCAGCCCCGGGGCCCCCCCAGAGCAGGGGCACCAGCCCCCUCCGGCCCCGUUCCUAUCCCGAAUUCCAGGCCAGUGGGGCCGACUCCUGGCCUCCCGCUGCUGAGAAUAGCUUCCCAGGUGCUAAUUUCGGGGCUCCCCCCGCCGAGCCGGAGCCCAUUCCCAAAGGCAGCAGGCCCGGCGGCAGCCCCAGGGGAGUUUCCUUCCAGUUCCCCUUCCCGGCACUGCAUGGGGCCAGCACAAAACCCUUCCCUGCGGAUGUGGCUGGGCACGCAUUCACCGAUGGGCCACUGGUGUUUGCCUUCCACCAGCCCCAGGGAGCGUGGCCGGAGGAGGCCGUGGGCACGGGCCCUGCCUACCCGCUGCCCACCCAGCCUGCGCCCUCACCCCUACCCUGCUACCAGGGCCAGGCAGGUGGCCUCAACCCACACAGCAACCUCAGUGGUGCCCUCUCUCCCCCUGGAGCUGCUCACUCGGCCCCGAGACCCUUCUCCGACAGUUUGCACAAGAGCCUGACCAAAAUCCUUCCCGAAAGACCACCUUCAGCCCAGGAUGGGCUGGGGAGUACAAGAGGGCCCCCUAGCUCCCUACCCCAGAGGCACUUUUCAGGGCAGGCAUACGGAGCCAGCGGGGUGGACACCAGCCCGGGGCCUCUGGACACUGAGCUGGCUGCCCCAGGGCCCCCACCUGCCAGGCUGCCCCAGCUGUGGGAUCCCACAGCAGCCCCCUACCCCACACCUCCCAGGGGCCCCCUGGCUGCCACCAGGAGUGUGUUCUUUAACAGCCAGCCCAGCCCAGGCCAGCGGCUCUGCCUGCCCCAGAGUGCCCCCCUGCCUUGGUCCCAGGUGCUCCCGACCACUGGGCCAAGCCCCCAUGGAAUGGAGAUGCUGAGCCGGCUGCCUUUCCCCGCGGGGGCCCCCGAGUGGCAGGGGAGCAGUCAAGGAGCCCUGGGCACUGCUGGCAAGACACCGGGACCCGGGGAGAAGCUGCCAGCCGUGAGAAGCAGCCCAGGCGGCUCCCCGGUGCUGUUCACCUACAACGGAAUGACAGACCCUGGAGCCCAGCCCCUGUUCUUCGGGGUGGCCCAGCCCCAGGUUUCACCCCACGGGACACCCAGCCUGCCCCCACCCAGGGUGGUGGGAGCCUCCCCCAGCGAGUCCCCGCUGCCGUCACCGGCCACCAACACGGCCGGCAGCACCUGCUCUUCCCUGUCGCCGAUGUCCAGCAGCCCCGCCAACCCCAGCUCAGAGGAAAGUCAGCUCCCCAGCUCACUGGGGCCCCCGGCCUUCUUCCACCCACCCACUCACCCCCAGGAGACGGGCAGCCCCUUCCCGUCCCCGGAGCCCCCCCACUCCCUCCCCACCCACUACCAGCCAGAGCCAGCCAAGGCCUUUCCUUUUCCCGCAGAUGGGCUGGGAGCCGAGGGUGCCUUCCAGUGCCUGGAGGAGACCCCAUUCCCCCACGAGGGCCCCGAGGUGGGCCGGGGAGGGCUGCAGGACUUCCCCCGCGCGCCGCCCCCGUACCCCACACACCACUUCUCCCUCAGCAGUGCCAGCCUGGACCAGCUGGACGUGCUGCUGACCUGCAGGCAGUGCGACCGCAACUACAGCAGCCUGGCGGCCUUCCUGGCACACCGGCAGUUCUGCGGCCUGCUCCUGGCCAGGGCCAAGGAUGGCCACCAGCGGUCCCCAGGCCCCCCUGGGCUCCCCUCGCCCACCGCUGCCCCCAAAGUCCCCGCCGACGCACAUCCGGUCCUGCUCAACCACACGAAGACCUUCCUGUUGGCCGGGGACGCCCAGGCGGAGGGUAAAGACGACCCGCUGAGGACGGGCUUCUUGCCCAGCCUGGCUGCCACCCCCUUCCCGCUCCCCGCCUCGGACCUGGAUAUGGAAGACGACGCCAAGCUGGACAGCCUCAUCACCGAGGCGCUCAACGGCAUGGAGUACCAGUCGGACAACCCCGAGAUCGACAGCAGCUUCAUCGACGUCUUUGCGGACGAGGAGCCUUCCGGGCCCAGAGGUCCCAGCACUGGACAGCCCCCCAAGACCAAGGCGGGGGUGACUCCGGAGAACAAAGCUCCGCCCCCGCUCCCAGCAGCCACACCGGACCCCCAAGCCCCCCGCCCUGGGGACAGGGGCGGCCCAGCCCGGGGCAGGCCCAAAACGCGUUCCCUGGGUCUGGCCCCCAUCGAGGCGGAUGCGUCCAGCCAGGGCAGGCAGCAGAGGAGAGGGAAGCAGUUGAAGCUGUUCCGGAAGGAUCUGGGCACGGCCAGCGCAGCAGAGGGGUCGGGCGGGGGCAGCAGAGCCACCGGCCUGAGGCCCAGGAGGAAGGGCAGUCUCGGGGAGCGGCCCCCACCCCGCCCCCGGGGCUUUAGAACUCAGGGCCCCGAAGGCCGUGCAGACCCCGCCCGCCAGUCUCGGGGAGCCGCCGCCCUCCCCGAGGAGACCCGGAGCUCCCAGCGCCUCCGGCUGCCCCCCAGGAAGGACCCCAGGAAGAGGAAGGCUCGGGGCGGCACCUGGGGCAAGGAGCUCAUCCUGAAAAUCGUGCAGCAGAAGAACAAGCUCCGCGAGUACGACUACGCCUCGGAGUCCGAGGAGGACGAGCCGCCUCCGCAGCGGGGCCCCGGCUUCAGAGGCCGGCGGUGCCGAGGCGAGAAGAGGAAGGAGGUGGACUCGACCCCGGAUCCCAGAGAGGAUGGAGAGCAGCAGAUACCCCGGAAGGCAGUGAGGCAGGAAGCCGGCGGGGACAGAGCCCCCCCGAACCCCGAGGAGCCAGGCAGGCCUCGCCCAGGCCUGGGCAGGAGCCCUCAGGCCCAUGGCCCAUCUCGAAGCCUGGAGCCGGGAGUGGCUGCCAGGGAGAGAGGCCCCAAGUGUGCUGAUCUCCCCUCAGUGGCCCCCAAGGAUCCCCUGCAGGUCCCCACCAACACCGAGACCCCAGAGGAAACCCCCCCAUCGCUGGACUUGCCCCAGGAGGCCAAGGAGCCUGAAAUUGCCAAAGAGUCACCCCCAGACACCGCAGAAUUCACAGAGCCUUUGCGUUCUCCUCCAGCCGCCUGUGUGGGAGAAAGCCGCCGUCUCCUGACGCCAGAGCAGCCGCAGCCCAGCAGACAUGACGCCGGCACCCCCAAGUUAUCCGGAAGCCUCGCCAACACAGUGCCCCACGGAAGCUCACCAACGCCAGGCGUGGGCAGCCUGCUGGGUGGUCCUGGGUGCACACAGGCCCCUGUCUCCCACAACAGCGAGGACCCCCCUGCCCACCAGCCUGGAGAAUUUCUGGCACCCAUGGCUAACCCCUCAAGUACCGCCUGCCCCAAACCCAGUGUUCUGUCUUCAAAGAUCUCCAGUUUGGGCUGUGACCCUGCUGGUUUUAACGGAGACCCCUUGGGGGUUCCGGUUGCCAAAAAGGGGCCUCAGUCCUACAGCAGCCCCCACAGUGAGUUGUUCCUUGGACCCAAAGACCUGGCUGGCUGUUUCCUGGAAGAACUGCACCCCAAGCCCUCAGCCACAGAUGCCCCGCCGGCCAGCAGCUCCUGCCUUUGCCAGGAUGGCCAGGAUGCCGGUUCCCUCGAGCCACAGCUGCCUAAGAGGCCACCUGGCAUGGCUGAAACGGACCCAGGCAGAGCCACGUCGCCACUGACCUUGGAGUCCACAUCCCUUUUCCCAGACCUGCCGGUGGAUAGAUUCGACCCACCCCUCUAUGGCAGCCUGUCUGCAAACAGGGACCCCCAGCUGCCAUUCGCAUGUGCCGACCCUCCCCAGAAGACGCCACCGUUAGAUCCACCGUACCCCUCUUUUUUGCUGCUUGAGGAAGUAUCCCCGAUGCUGCCUAGCCAUUUUCCUGAUCUCUCGGGGGGAAAGGUGCUCAGUAAGACGUGUCCCCCUGAACGGAGAGUGGCUCCCGGUGCCCCGCCUUUGCCUGGGAAGGGGAGCGGCUGUAAUGUCGCUCUUAUGAGUCACCUGUCCGAGGACGAACUGGAGAUCCAGAAAUUGGUCACCGAGUUAGAAAGUCAGCUGCAAAGAAGCAAAGAAACGCAUGGGGCCCCGAGAGAGCUUGGAGAAGCUGAGUCUGUGGGCCGGGUGGAGCUGGACACAGGCACAGAGCCACCCUCCCAACCGCACACGUGCCAGGCCACUGCGCCCCACAGGGACACGUUCUCAGCAGCUGACCUCAGGGGCGUUGGGGAAUCUACCGCACAUCGAGAGGGUGCGGAAACGGCUGUGGCCACCGUGGAAGGGGUUCAGGGGAGGCCCGGGGGGACGUGGCCCUGCCCAGCCUCCUUCCAUCCGGGAGAGGCAACCCUUCUCCCCUGUGCCCAGGAAGACCUGGUUUCUGGGGCUCCUUUCAGCCCCAGGGGAGCCAACUUCUAUUUUCAGCCGGUGCAAAAAGCCAGAGCGUCCAAGACUGGACUCUCCCAGGCAGAAGGAAACAGCGGGGUCCCCCCAGAUAUCUGCCUGCCUGACCCCAGCAAACAGCCGGGGCCACAGCUGGAUGCCGGGAGCUUAGCAAAGUGCAGCCCCAACCAGGAACUUUCAUUUCCUAAGAAUAAGGAGGCCGCCGGCUCACAAGAAAGUGAAGACUCCCUGUGGCCGCUUCCCUGUGAACAGAGAGGAGGGUUCCUCCCAGAACCCGGCACAGCAGACCGGCCCCACCGAGAGACUCCUGCUCCAGAAGCUUUUGGCAGCCCUGCUGUCCAUCUGGCCCCUGACUUGGCAUUUCAGGGUGACGGGGCUCCACCUCUGGAUGCCACCUGGCCUUUUGGUGCCAGUCACAGCCAUACUGCCCAGGGACAUUCUGCAGGCAAAGCAGGUGGGCACUGCUACCCGACGGCAGGGAGGCCUGACUUUGAGGAUAGUGAGUUUGCACCAGCAGGGGCCUCCUCACUGACUGCCCCCCGGGGCAGGGAGGCUUGGUUGGUCCCUGUGCCAAGUCCUGCUUGUGUGUCCAACACCCACCCCAGCAGGAGGUCCCAGGACCCAGCUUCGAGCCCCCUACGUCAGCUCCCGCUCCCAGGGCCCGGAGCGGCUGAGAGUGCAGAUGGCAUCCUGGGCUUGCAGGAGCCGACACCUGCUGCCCAGAGCCCUCGGCGAGUGAACCUCUCAGGUCACAAAGGGGGCACUGUAGAAGGAGGGAAGGUGGCCUGUGGCCCUGCCCAGGGCUCCCCAGGGGGUGUGCAGGUGACAACUCUCCCUGCAGUGACCAGAUGUCAGCUGGGGCUGGAGGCAGAUGGACAUCAAGGCUUGCUUGGCCAGGCUGAGAAAACCCAGGGCCAAGGCAGAGGCAACCAGCUUCAGCCAGAGAACGGGGGGAGCCCAGGGGUGAUGGAUAACCACGCCUCAGUCAAUGCCAGUCCCAAAACAGUGCUGGCCAGCCCCGCCGAGGGUGCAGUCCUGCUGGAGAAGCACAAGGGAAGCAGGGCAGCCACGAGCCUUCAGGAGGACGCCCAGCCCACCCCAAGCCCCCCAUCCCCUGAUAGGGAAUCCCUAGCGCUGGUCUUAACAGCAGCCUACACCCAAAAUGGAUCUGAGGGCCGGACUCCAGAGCGGGCGUCCAGCGCUGGCCUGAACAAGCCACUGCUGGCCGAAGGGGAUAACCCAACACCCUCUGUUGGGGACCUGACCACCUGCGCCCCCUCACCCACUUCAGCCACCCCCAUGCCCUGCAGCCUCGGGCCCCUCCCCCGUGAAGACCCACCCACCUCGCCUUCCAGUGCCACCAAGGCCCGAGGUGGGCUGGGGGGGCAGCUGCCAGUAUCUCCAUCCUGCAGGGACCCUCCCGGCCCCCAGCACCUGCUGGCCUGUUCUCCUGCCUGCGCACCUCUGGAAGAGGCAGAUGGUGUUCAAGCCACGACAGAUACUGGAGCUGGGGAUCCCCCAGUGGUUCCCCUGUCUUUGACAACAAGCCCCUGUGAUCCCAAGGAAGCCCUGGCUCAUUGCCUUCUCCAGGGUGAGGGCAGCCCCCUGGAAGACCCUUCCUCCUGGCAUCCUGGCUCCGUCAGUGCCAUAACCUGCAGUCGCGGCAGGGACAGCCCCAAAGACAGCACUUUAAGAAUUCCAGAGGAUUCCAGAAAAGAGAAGCUGCAGAAGUCUCCUGGCCAAGCCACCUCUCCUCCUCUGGCGGGGGCUGUCUCCCCCUGCGUGGCCAUCAGGGCUGCUGGCCUGUCGAGCACUCCCACCGAAGAUGAGGCACAGGCAGGCAGGGGGCUCCCAGGGCCAGACCCCCAGAACAGGGGAGCCCCGCCCCACACCAACCCUGACAGGAUGCCCAGGGGCCACUCCUCGUAUUCUCCAAGCAAUACUGCCCGCCUCAGCCACAGGGAGGACCAGGUUGUCACAGCUGUGCCCACUGAGCCUCCCACACUACAGGGUACAGGGCCAGACUCCGCCACCUGCCUGGAAGCUGAGGUGGGGAGCAGCAGCAAGGAGCCAGAGGACCCAGGGACCCCUGAGGCCGGGCGCUCUGGCGUUACCAAGAUGCCCAGGGUCACCUGCCCUUCCACAGGACUCUCCUUGGGCAGAACCACAGCUCCAAGCAGCACAGCCAGUGACUUCCAGUCUGACUCCCCCCAAAGUCACAGAAAUGCCUCCCACCAGACUCCCCAGGGGGACCCCCUCAGCCCCCAAGACCUCAAACAGAGGCCUCGUGGCUAUAAAAAGAAGCCUGCGUCUACAGAGAAUGGCCACUGGAAGGGCCAAGCUCCACACGGACCUGUGACCUGUGAGGUCUGCGCAGCCUCCUUCCGCUCCGGGCCGGGCCUGAGCCGGCACAAGGCCAGGAAGCACCGACCACACCCGGGAGCCCCCGCGGAGGCAAGCCCAGCGGCCUUACCUGCUCAGCAGCCUCUGGAGCCCCUAGCCCAAAAGUGCCAGUCCCCCAGGAAGAAAAGCCGCAAGGUGCCUGGGAAGGAGAGACCAAAUCACUCACGGGGAGACCCCAGCCACGUGGCCCAGCCACCGCCUGCCCAGAGCCCGAAGGAGGUUCUCAGAACACAGGGGAACACGGGCUCCCCACAUAGCCAGCAGCUGCAGCCUCCAAGCCCUACUGAGCAUGGGGUGAAUGUGAAGGCUCCGGCCUCCAAGCCCAGAUCAGACCAGGACAGGGAAGAUGAGCUCCAUCCCAAACAGGUAGAGAAAAGAGAAGGCCGGAGGUGGCGCCGAGAACCCACCGUGGACUCCCCCAGCCACUCAGAGGGGAAGUCAAAUAAGAAAAGGGGAAAGCCAAGAGGUAGAAGGCUCCGGGAGGAGAGCGCCCGUCUAGCCUCUUCUGAUGGGAUUUCAGAUGGGCGUGGCUCCAGACCAUCCCCUGCAACGGCCAGUUACGCAGUCCCUCUGAGCCGCUGCCUCUCUGUGGAAGGAGGGCCUGAGACUGACAGGGAGCAGCCACCUCGCUUGGCCACGCCGGGGCCUGGGGUGAUGGAGGGUGCAGCGGAGACCGACCUGGAGACUCUGUGUGCAGGGGAGACUGGGGUCCAGAAGCCACCUGGAGAUCAGAUGCUGCGUCCAGGGAGGAUGGAUGGUGCAGCUCUGGGGGAACAGCCAGCUGGGCAGAAGGGAGCCUCGGCAAGGGGGCUCUGGGGACCGAGAGAGACCAAGGCGUUGGGUGUGUGCAAAGAGUCUGGGAGCGAGCCUGCGGAGGACAGCAGUGGGGCCCACAGCAGAUCAGAGGAAGGCGUCUGGGAGGAGCACACGCCUGCCUUGGGCCCCCUGGGUUUUCCUGAGACUUCCGGUUCUCCAGCGGAUGGCACUACCAGCAGCUGCCUCCAGGGCCUCCCGGACAACCCAGAUGCCCAGGGUGGAGUCCAGGGGCCUGAGGGCCCCACUCCUGAUGCCUCCGGCUCCAGUGCUGAGGAUCCUCCAAGCUUGUUUGAUGAUGAGGUCUCUUUCUCCCAGCUCUUCCCUCCAGGUGGCCGCUUGACUCGAAAGAGGAACCCGCGUGUCUAUGGGAAGCGCUGUGAGAAGCCGGAGCGCCCGCUGCCAACCCAGCCCAGCUUCGAGGAGGGCGGCGGCCCCACGCUGGGCCCAGCCGGCCUGCCCACGGACCUCAGCGACUCUGGUUCCCUCUGCCUCUGCCAUGAGGACCCGUGGGAGGAUGAGGAUCCCGCAGGUCUGCCCGAGUCCUUCCUCCUGGAUGGGUUCCUCAGCAGCAGGGUGCCUGGCAUUGACCCCUGGGCUCCUGGCCUCAGCCUGUGGGCCCUGGAGUCCAGCAGGGAAGCGGGUGCAGAGAAGCUGCCCUCUCACUGCCCGGAGGACGAUCCGCCCGAGUCCAUUCCUGAACUGCACAUGGUCCCAGCGGCUUGGCGAGGCCUGGAGCUGCCGGCCCCUGCCGAUGACUCCUCCUCUUCUCUCGGAGACGUGAGCCCCGAGCCCCCCAGCCUGGAAAGAGAACGCUGUGACAGUGGGCUUCCCGGGAACGCCCACCUGCUGCAGCUCCGGGCAGCGGACUUCGAGGUGCUCAGCACCAAGUUUGAGAUGCAAGACCUGUGCUUUCUGGGACCCUUUGAAGACCCAGUGGGUCUCCCGGGCACCAGCUUCUUAGACUUGGAGGCCACGGCGAGCUCCCAGGGGCCACAGAGCCUAAGGACAGAGGAGGCUGCAGGGGCAGGGAGGGCCCAAGGCAGAGGCCGGCCGGCCAAGGGCAAGCGGGCCUCCUACAAAUGCAGGGUGUGCUUCCAGCGCUUCCGCGGCCUGGGCGAACUGGACCUGCACAAGCUGGCCCACAUGCCCGCGCCACCGCCCACCUGCUACAUGUGCGUGGAGCGCAGGUUCGGCUCGCGGGAACUGCUGCGGGGGCACCUGCAGGAGAGGCACGCGCAGAGCAAGGCGGGGCCCUGGGCCUGCGGCAUGUGUCUGAAGGAGGUGGCCGACGUCUGGAUGUACAACGAGCACCUGCGUGAGCACGCCGUGCGCUUCGCCCGCAAGGGGCAGGCGCGGAGGUCCUUGGGGGAGCUGCCCAGAGGCCUGGAGGGCAGCAGCGCCAUUGCCCACCUUCUGAACAGCAUCAUGGAACCCGCGCCCAAACCCCACAGGGGCAAGCGCUCCGUGGGCAAGGCCGUCAGGAGCCCGGGAGACCCGUCGGGGAAAGAGGAAGAAGCCGGGAAAGAGAGCCCCGGCGAGAGGGCGAAACCCCGAGCGCGCAGCACCCCCAGCAACCCCGAGGGGGCGGCGGCACCAGACAGCGCCUCUGUCAAUGCCCUGGCUGACGCCGGCAGCCCUGCGGCCUGCGAGAAGCCCGCUCCGGCCGGCAGCCCGGGCCUCCCCAAGACGACCCCCGGCCCGUCCCCCGACCCCGGGGCCGGCGGGGAGCCCCUCCUGCAAGCCGCCCCGGUGCACGAGGCCUGCAAGGACCAGUCCCGCGACUGCCACCACUGCGGGAAGCGCUUCCCCAAGCCCUUCAAGCUGCAGCGCCACCUGGCGGUGCACAGCCCGCAGCGCGUCUACCUGUGUCCGCGGUGCCCCCGGGUCUACCCCGAGCACGGGGAGCUGCUGGCACACCUGGGCGGGGCGCACGGGCUGCGGGAGCGGCCGGAGCUGCAGCACACGCCGCUGUACGCCUGCGAGCUCUGCGCCACGGUUAUGCGCAUCAUCAAGAAGUCGUUCGCCUGCAGCUCCUGCAACUACACCUUCGCUAAGAAGGAGCAGUUCGACCGCCACAUGGACAAGCACCUCAGGAGAGGGCGGCAGCCCUUCACGUUCCGCGGCGUGCGGAGGCCGGGAGCGCCAGGGCAGAAGGCCCGGGCCCUCGAGGGCACACUGCCCAGCAAACGGCGCAAGGUGGCCAUGCCCGGCAGUGCCCCCGGGCCCAGCGAGGACCAGCCUCUUCCCCGGGGAGGCAGCCCCAUCCUGACAGAGGGCUCCCUCCCAGCCCUGCUCCACCUCUGCCCGGAGGUGGCUCCCAGCACCACGAAGGGAUGGCCUGAGACCCCAGAGAGGCCUGUAGACCCCGUGACCCACAUGAUCAGUGGUUGCGAUCUGCCAUCCGACCGUCGGGAGUGUCCUCCGCCGUCUCUGUCUCCCUUCCCAGCUGCCUUGGCUGAUGGCAGAGGGGAGUGUGCGCUGGACAGAGCCCUGAAGAGGCCAGAGAACGAGGCUUCCCCAGGCAGCCCCAGGCCUCUUCUCCAGCAAGCUCUCCCUCUGGGGGCAUCUCUGCCGCGGCCGGGGGCCAGAGGCCAAGAUGCGGAGGGAAAGAGGGCUCCUCUCCUGUUCUCAGGGAAACGCAGGGCCCCGGGUGCCCAUGGCAGAGGUGCCCCUGACCAUCUCCAGGAAGAUCACACCCUGCUUCAGAAAGAGAAGGACGUGUCCUCAAGCCACCUGGUGUCUGAGGGGGGGCCCGGAGGCCCCUUCCACAAGGGCAGCCCCACCAAGCCUUCGGGCUGUCAGAGCUCGUCAAAGGACAGGUCGGCAGCGUCCACCCCCAGCAAAGCACCCAAGAUCCCAGUGCACCCAAGGAAGGCGGUGGGGAGCCUGGCACCCGGAGAGCUGGCCCGUGGCACAGAGAAUGGGACGAAGCCCGCCACCCCCAAAGCCAAACCAGGCCCCAGCUCCCAGGGCAGUGGAAGCCCUCGCCCCAGCACGAAGACGGGAGGUGGCAGCCAGCCCCAGCCAGCCAGCGGGCAGCUCCAGAGCGAGACAGCCACCACGCCAGCCAAGCCCAGCUUCCCCAGCCGCAGCCCUGCACCAGACAGGCUCCCCCCUCGAGCCCAAGCCAAGAGCUGCACCAAGGGGCCAAGGGAAGCUGGUGAGCAGGGGCCGCGCGGGAGCCCAGGUCCCAAGGAGAAGGGAGAAAGCAGUAUGAAGAGGAAAAAGGGCCAGGUUCCAGGGCCAGCCAGGAGUGAAAGUGUGGGGGGCUUUGGGAGAGCCCCCUCGGCCCCUGACAAGCCCCCCCGUACCCCUCGGAAGCAGGCAACUCCCAGCCGAGUGCCCCCGACCAAGACCAAGCCCAACAGCCAGAACAAACCCAGGCCACCACCCUCAGAGCAGCGGAAGGCAGAGCCAGGCCACACACACAGGAAGGACAGACUGGGCAAGGCCUUCCCCCAGGGGAGACCCCUGCUCAGGACCCCCAAGAGGGGCAGAGCUGUCCACGGUGCUGAACCUGCCGAGCCGCACACCCACCGGACGGCCGAGGCCCAGAGUGACCUCCUCAGCCAGCUCUUUGGGCAGAGACUAACUGGCUUCAAAAUCCCUUUAAAGAAAGAUGCUUCUGAGUAAUUUCUAGGAGCAAGAGCCUGGGAGCGGAGCUGGGGGUUCCUGUCUGGGCCUGCCUCCUUGGCCAGCUCCAGCUCCCUGAGAUGGUUCACUCUGUGGCCACUUGACUUCUUGUGCGACUGCUCAGUUCUUGAUGUCAGAGCUGAGGCUGUGACGCUUUGAACAGGGCCCAGGGUAGGCAGCAUUCCCUUUCUUGCUGGAAGGCUGCGGGUGAAAGACGGGGCCACUGCAGCCCCUUUGAGAUCAUACAGCUGUUUUCUUGGUACCAAGUACUUGAAGAGACAGCAGCCCAUCCCCCCACCCCCACCCCUUCGCCCUGUUGGCACCGACACCAUAGAAGCCAAUGUUUGGAGAUUUGCGCACCCUCCCGUUCCCCAUAUGGAGAAGGGAAGUAAGUUGAGGCAGCCGUGGGAUGGUGGCAGGUUCCCUCUUAGUCUUGCUGCUGUUGCUGGAAUUCCAAAGUGACCUUAGAAACCACGUUGGGGAAGGCAGUGCUCACUACUUAGAAGAGCUGCUUCUGAGCCGCCUGGUCCCCCAAGAGCACAACAUGCCUCCUCCCUCUGACCACAGGGUCAUGCCUCCUCCCUCUGACUACAGGGUCAUGCCUCCUCCCUCUGACCACAGGGUCAUGCCAGCCUCCAUUUGCGCUGCCAGAGAAAAGCCCAUCUCUAGCGCACCUUGACCCCGGGAACUGGGUUCCCGUAUGGAACUGGGAAGAAACUGGCCCUGUGCCAGCUCCUGCGGGCCCUCCCCGUUCUCACCCCCCACACCCCAGCCUCCAUGGCCGCCCUCUAGAGCCUCCCUGCUGUACGGAGUUCUGGGCUCCACCUAUCUGCAAUGUUACUCUGAAGUUUCUGGUGCUAUUUUCAUGUUGUAAUGUGAAUACAGGCUUCCUUGAUUUUUUUUUUUUAAUGGGGGUAUUGGGUGGAACAGACGGGGUCAGGGAGGCCCCACCACGGCUGCAUUGAGGGCACGGGCACCCACGUGGUGGCGCUCUCCCUGCCUCCCCUGCCAGGCUGCAAGCCCGAGGUCUGUGCUGCCAGACGGGGAUGCUCAGGGCUGGGGCCGCAGAGCCGCUGCCCCAGCCAGGGCAGCCUCGUGCACUGACCUGACCCAGGCCCAGGACGCACGUGUCCUCUCAGAGUUGUGCCUGUGAAGGUGGGUCAAAGGGUGGGAGGGCUUCCUUCUCUCCGUAAGUAUCUUGAAGAUCCAUGGUUUGUUUUGCUCUAUUGUUUAGUUUUUAUCUUGGGUGCAAUGUGUAUGACAAAAGUUUUUAUUUUGAUAUUUGAAAGAGACCAAAUCAGGCCCAGACUGCCUCUCUGGAAGGUGUUAUGGGCCGUUCAAAAUGCCUCCUGCCUCCGGAGUGUCGUAAACCAAGCACGGAGGGGCCCUGAGGUUGUACUGUAAACAUCAUAGUGACUUGUCUUUUCAAAUAUAUUCCCACUAUUUUCGCAGAAAA